GCAGCUCCGCCCCCUGCGCUGGGCGGGAAAAGCCCCCUGAGGGCCGGGCGGCGGCGCGCGGCUCGCCAUGGGGGCGGCGGAGGCCGAGGAGCGGCUCCUGCUGACACAGCGGCUGAAGGCUGCGGUGCACUACACGGUUGGCUGCCUGUGUCAGGAUGUGGCAGAAGACAAAGCCAUGCAGUUCAGCAAGCAAACCAUCGCAGCCAUCUCAGAGAUCACCUUCAGGCAGUGUGAGACCUUUGCGAAAGACCUCGAAAUGUUUGCAAGGCAUGCAAAACGAAGCACAGUCACUACAGAGGAUGUGAAGCUUUUGGCUAGACGAAGCAACUCUUUGCUGAAGUAUAUCACCCAGAAGAGUGAGGAGCUUGCAGCAAGUAACAUGGAGCAAAAGGAAAAGAAGAAAAAUAAGUCCAGUGCAGCUAAAGGAAGGAGAAUUUCUGAGGAGCAAGAGGCAGCUGUGACUGAAAGAGAAGAUUCCAACAUGGCAUGAUUCACCUUUCAGAUGUUUCUGGCCAUUUUCUCUUACUGUCCCAAAAGAACCAAAGUUCCUCUGUUGGAGGUUCUUACAGGUUAGCAACAGUAAUGGUCUUUAGGUUUUCAGGUGAAUGUGGUUAGGUGGAUUUUUUAGUACAAAAAUUAAAGGUCUGUCAGAAUUGAGUAAAGCUUACAGCCACAAUGCCUUAAUUGCUCACAAAGGGUCUCUUGUGAAAAAGAAACUAGUUUAAAGCAGAACAUUCUCUAUAAGCAUAUCACCUCGGGAUGUGCAACUCCUUCCAUGCUGCCACUGUGUUUCUUCAAUUACCUGUUUGACUUUGUCCUUGUUUCUAUUUUUGAUUAGGUAUUUUGAAUAUGUUGGGUUUGUUUUACUAACCACAUCUGUCAUUUGUUCUCUUGACAAUUAAAACAUGUUUUGUGUCACUUC